UACACGUCCUCUAAUUCAAUUAGUCACACUCCAUCAAUCAGGAUUCACGUGUUUUAUACGUACGUAAACAUCUGGAACUUCUCACCGCUGGCCAAUCAAGAGAUAUCGUGUUUACAAAAUAAAUACAAAUGUGUUUUAAGUUACCUCUGAACUAACCGCGCGUUCGUUCGUUAUUCGGCUUGACAGUCGGGUAACUUCGUCAACCGAAUAUGGUUGCUACUUUCAGAGUCUUCAAGAAAAUCGCCCCUAAUGGAAAGCUAACCUUAUACCUUGGAAAACGGGACUUUGUUGACCAUUUAACCAACGUGGACCCAGUGGAUGGCGUCAUCACAGUUGACGAUGAUUACUUGAAAAACCGGAAGGUUUUUGGACAAAUUAUUGCCACUUUCAGAUACGGAAGAGAGGAAGAUGAGGUUAUGGGUUUGCAGUUCGUCAAGGAAUUGUGUCUGGCUAGUGAACAAAUCUAUCCUGUGCCUAGUGAAGAAAAAAGUUACACUUUGACUCGCAUGCAAGAAAGACUCUUGAGCAAGCUGGGUUCUAAAGCCUUUCCAUUCCAGUUCCAGAUCUCGCCAAAUGCUCCGAACUCAGUUACCCUCCAACCAGGACCAGACGAAGCUGGUGCUCCAUGUGGUGUAUCUUAUGAUUUAAAGGUUUAUGUGGGAGAUUCUGAGGAAGAUAAAAGCCACAAAAGGAGCACUGUGAAGUUCGGAAUUCGGAAGAUCCAGUGGGCUCCGAUUAAACAAGGUCGACAGCCUUGUAGCAUUGUCCGCAAAGACUUUUUACUGAGCCCUGGAGAACUGGAGCUGGAGGCAACUCUGGAUCGUCAGGUGUUUCAUCACGGAGAUCCCAUCACUGUUAACAUAUCAGUCCGGAACUACUCCAGCAAAACUGUAAAACGGAUCCGGAUCUCAGCGGUUCAAACCAUCGACAUAUGUAUGUUCGCUAGCGGUCAUUAUAGAGCUACCGUGGCAUGUGUAGAUACACAGGAUGGCUGUCCCAUCAAUCCCGGUUUUACUGUUCAGAAGGUGGUGGAAAUCCGUCCUAGUCUGGAAUACAGUCGCGUCAAGAGGGGUGUCGCAUACGAAGGCCAGUUGAAAAAGGAGGAUUCUAAUCUGGCCUCCUCUACCCUCUUCUUGGAUCAGGACCACAAAGAUGUAUUCGGUAUAGUGGUUGAAUACAGCAUCAAGGUCAAGUUGUUUCUGGGUGCACUGGGAGGGUAAGUAUGGUGUU